AUUUACCGGAAGUAGCUGUGCAGGGCUGCAGGCAUCUCUAAUGCAGCUUCCUGUUGCUGUUUGUGCCAUUUGAUCGCUGCUGUCAUACGGAACAAACUGCUGCUGUCUCAGCACUUUAUAUGGUGGUUUCAUGUCUCAGUGUUACACAAUAUCACUGACCAUGAACAAGAUGAAGAAGAAGCUGCCUGAGCGGAUCCUAAAUCACACCCUGGAGAUUCUCUACCUGCUGACGGGAGAGCGUGUGACUAACUCACUGACAGUGAGUGACAUGACCGGGGACAAGAUGACAACAGAGAGGAUACUGACCCACACCCUGCAGAUCAUGUACCUGCUGACAGGGGAGGUGCCUAUAAAGUGUGAUGAUGUUGCUGUGUAUUUCUCUAUGGAGGAGUGGGAGUAUAUAGAGGGACACAAGGAGCUUUACAAGGACGUCAUGAUGGAGACUCACCAAGGACUAAGUACUAUGGAAAUCCCAGGAAAUGAGAGCUCAGAACUAACAGGUCACAGUGAUGAAAAUCUAGACAUAGGAACACAAAGAGAACUUGUACAGAAUAUUCAGCCAUCAGAUGUCUCUGCAAAUGUUAAAACCGAAGAUCUGAAUGUAAUGUGUCACCUGGAAGUUCCAAGGCAGGAAAUGUGUUACAGCGGCAGUGCAGGUGAAAAUGAUGUUAAGAUUUCAUGUAACACGGAAAAAACAGAAGAUCAGUGGCAAAGAAAUAUGCCAGAAGCUGCAGAGCAGGAAAUAUGUGACAAUAUAAGUACAGAUGAAUUCACAAACUGCAAUAAUCAAAGUCAUGAUCAGAGUGCAGAUGCUUCUUUACAUCUUCUUCAAAAUCAAAGAAGCCACUUGGAAAAUUUAUGUUCUGAAUGUGGGAAAUGUUUUCUUAAGAAAUCACAUCUUCUUAAACAUCUACAAAUUCAUACAGGAGAAAAGCCAUUGUCCUGUUCUAUAUGUGGGGAAUGUUUUAACCAUAAAAAAAAUCUUGUUGCUCAUGAGAAAAUUCAUACAGGAGAAAAAGGAUUUUUAUGUUCUGACUGUGGGAAAUGUUUUACUCAGAAAUCACAUCUUAUUGAUCAUCAUAGAAUUCACACAGGAGAGAAAGCGUUUUCUUGUUCUGGCUGUGGGAAAUGUUUUACUCAGAAAUCAAAUCUUAUUAAGCAUCAGAAAAUUCAUACAGGAGAAAAAGGUUUUUCAUGUUCUGACUGUGGGAAAUGUUUUACUCAGAAAGCAAAUCUUGUUAAGCAUAAAAAAAUUCACACAGGAGAAAAAGGAUUUUUAUGUUCUGACUGUGGGAAAUGUUUUACUCAGAAAUCAGAUCUUAUUAGGCAUCAGAAAAUUCACACAGGAGAGAGAGAAUUUUCAUGUUCUGACUGUGGGAAAUGUUUUACUCGGAAAUCACAUCUUAUUGAUCAUAAGAAAAUUCACACUGGAGAGAAAGCAUUUUCUUGUUCUGACUGUGGUAAAUAUUUUACUCGGAAAUCACAUCUUAUGAGCCAUCACAAAACUCAUAUUCAUAGAAAUCAGCGUUUGACCUCCUAAGUACAGAGGGUGAUAUGUAGUUGUCAGCCACACAAUACCAAGUGCUGAUGAUGACUGCAUGUGACCCCCUGGAGCGUGCAGUUUUGGAGCAGUUUUAGGCCCUUUCUGCACCUCAAGCAUUUAUGAGGUGACCCCAGGGUGGAUUUGAAUUAAAUCACUAGUUUUUAAUAGCAAUUUAAAUAAUUGUUUUCAUUUUUAAAAAAAUAACUUUUCAGAUUUUUUUUUCCAAUUAUAUCAGACCAUUACUGGUUUGGUUAUAUAUCAUUAGAUAUGCAUAGAUAGAUCAUUGAAAUGAAUGAAAUUAUUUAGAGGUGAACUAUCUCCAGUUUAAUUGGUUAAUCGUUCAUAUUUGAUCAACUUUUCACCUGUACUUGAUUGAAAGGAGAAAAUUAUUACAUUAAUAAUAACAAUAAAAAGUUUUAUUUAACUAAAACAAGAA